AGCAGCAGCAGCAGCCGGGCUGGCGAGAUGGGGGACUCCAAAGUGAAGGUGGCGGUGCGGGUCCGGCCCAUGAACAGGCGGGAAAUAGACCUGCAUACAAAAUGUGUGGUGGAUGUGGAUGCAAACAAAGUUAUUCUUCAUCCUGUUAACACUAACCUUUCAAAAGGAGAUGCCAGGAGUCAACCAAAGGUGUUUGCCUACGAUCACUGCUUCUGGUCUAUGGAUGAAGCGGUCAAAGAAAAAUAUGCAGGCCAAGAUGUUGUUUUCAAGUGCCUCGGAGAGAACAUUCUCCAGAAUGCCUUUGAAGGCUACAAUGCGUGUAUCUUUGCCUAUGGACAGACUGGGUCUGGAAAAUCUUUCACCAUGAUGGGCACGACCGACCAACCUGGAUUAAUCCCUCGGCUCUGCAGCACCCUCUUCGAGAGAGCUCAGAAAGAGGAAAAUGAAGAGCAGAGUUUCAAAGUGGAAGUGUCCUUCAUGGAGAUUUACAAUGAGAAAGUCAGAGAUCUUCUGGACCCAAAGGGGAGCCGCCAGUCUUUAAAAGUCAGAGAGCAUAGCGUCUAUGGGCCAUAUGUGGAUGGGCUUUCAAAACUGGCUGUCGCCAGUUACAAGGACAUAGAAUCUUUGAUGUCUGAAGGCAACAAAUCUCGGACUGUCGCUGCAACCAACAUGAAUGAAGAGAGUAGUCGGUCCCACGCGGUUUUCAAGAUCAUCCUCACACACACAUUGUACGAUGUGAAAUCAGGGACAUCUGGUGAAAAAGUGGGCAAGCUGAGCCUGGUUGACUUAGCAGGCAGCGAAAGAGCAACGAAGACGGGAGCUGCAGGUGACAGGCUGAAGGAAGGAAGCAACAUCAACAAGUCACUCACUACUCUUGGACUGGUUAUUUCUGCCCUUGCGGAUCAGGCUGCCGGCAAAAAUAAGAACAAAUUUGUUCCCUAUCGUGACUCGGUGCUCACCUGGCUUCUCAAAGACAGCCUGGGUGGCAACAGCAAAACGGCUAUGGUUGCAACUGUCAGCCCCUCAGCAGAUAAUUACGACGAGACGCUUUCCACCCUGAGGUACGCUGACCGGGCCAAGAAUAUUGUGAACCACGCUGUGGUGAACGAAGACCCCAACGCUCGCAUAAUCCGGGAACUGCGGGAGGAGGUGGAGAAACUCCGGGAGCAGCUUAGCAAAGCAGAGGCAAUGAAAUCUCCAGAACUAAAGGAUCGCUUGGAAGAAUCUGAAAAUCUCAUCCAAGAAAUGACUGUGACCUGGGAAGAGAAACUACGGAAAACAGAGGAAAUUGCACAGGAGCGGCAGAAGCAGCUCGAAAGUCUUGGCAUCUCUCUCCAGUCUUCCGGGAUCAAAGUUGGCGAUAACAAGUGUUUUCUGGUUAACUUGAAUGCUGACCCUGCUCUCAAUGAACUUUUGGUCUACUAUUUAAAGGAACACACACUAAUCGGGUCAGAUAAUUCCCAGGAUAUCCAGCUAUGUGGAAUGGGGAUUCUGCCUGAGCAUUGUAUAAUAGAUAUCACCGUGGAUGGACAAGUUAUGCUGACACCUAAGAAGAACACGAGGACAUUUGUAAAUGGCACAGCUGUUACAGGCCCCACACAACUACACCAUGGAGACAGAAUUCUGUGGGGAAACAAUCACUUCUUCAGGCUAAAUCUGCCAAAAAAGAAAAAAAAGGCAGAAGCUGAGGAUGAAGACAAUUCGAUGAAAGGAAGCAACAGCUCUGAGCAGCUGGAUUUAGAUGGAGACAACUCCAGUGAAGUGUCCAGCGAGAUCAACUUCAGCUAUGAAUACGCCCAGAUGGAGGUGACCAUGAAAGCCCUCGGUGGCAAUGAUCCCAUGCAGUCGAUUUUGCAGAGCCUGGAGCAGCAGCAUGAAGAAGAGAAGCGGUCUGCCUUGGAGCGCCAAAGGGUUAUGUACGAACACGAGCUGGAACAGCUCCGAAGACGGUUGUCUCCAGAGAAACAGCACUUCCGUGCUAUGGACAGGUUCUCCUGCCAUUCUCCCAACGCUCAGCAACGAUUACGACAGUGGGCAGAAGAGAGAGAAGAAAUGCUAAACCACAGCCUGAGGAAGCUGAGGGAGCAGAUUGUGAAGGCCAACUUGUACGUGAGAGAAGCCAGCUUCAUUGCAGAAGAGAUGGAAAAAAGAACGGAGUACAAAGUUACUCUGCAGAUCCCAGCCUCGAGCCUCAAUGCAAACAGAAAGCGAGGCUCUGUUCUAAGUGAACCAGCCAUUCAGGUGAGGAGAAAAGGUAAAGGCAAACAGAUCUGGUCACUUGAGAAGCUGGAGAACCGACUGGUAGACAUGAGGGAUCUCUAUCAAGAAUGGAAGGACUGUGAGGAGGACAACAUGGACAUGAGGUCUUACUUCAGGCGAGCAGAUCCUUUCUAUGACGAGCAAGAGAAUCACAGCCUUAUCGGGGUGGCCAACGUCUUCCUCGAAUCCCUCUCUCGUGAUGUGAAGCUGCAGUAUGCCGUUCCCAUAAUCAACCAGAAAGGAGAGGUGGCAGGACGACUGCAUGUUGAAGUGGUGUGUGUGAGCGGUGAGACCGGGGAGCGGAUCGCAGGAGGUGAUGACAGCAUGGAAGCCUCUGCUGAAAAUGAUUUGCAGGAGCAGAAGAUGGUGUGCAUGAUCAAAAUCCUUCAAGCCACAGGUUUGCCCCAGCACCUCUCCAACUUCGUGUUCUGCAAAUAUUCUUUCUGGGAUCAGCUGGAACCCGUGACGGUGGCCCCCGAAGUGGACCCCUCUCUGUCUCCUGUCAGCAAAGAGCCCCGGUGCAUGGUUGUCUUUGACCACUGCAAUGAAUUCUCUGUUAACGUUACUGAAGAUUUUCAGGACUAUCUCUAUGAUGGUGCUUUGGCCAUUGAAGUUUAUGGGCACAAGCAGAGCGACCCUCGCAAAAACCCAGCAUUGUGGGAUCUGGGAAUAAUUCAAGCUAAAACACGAAGUCUUCGAGACAGAUGGAGUGAGGUCACUCGCAAACUGGAGCUGUGGGUUCAAAUUCUGGAACUUAAUGAGAAUGGGGAUUAUUGCCCAGUGGAGGUGAUACCAGCUAAGGAUGUGCAUGCCGGUGGCAUCUUUCAGCUCAGGCAGGGACAGUCACGCCGAAUUCAAGUGGAAGUGAAAUCUGUGCAAGAAUCUGGAACGUUACCUCUCAUGGAAGAAUCCAUACUAUCUGUAGGAGUGGGUUGCGUUCAGAUAAGAAACAUCAAGUCACCAAAAAGCCAUGAGAAUUGUCCGGAGGAAGAUGACGACAUGGACAGUUAUCAGGACAGAGACCUGGAGAGGCUGCGUCGGAAGUGGUUGAACGCACUUACCAAGCGCCAGGAAUACUUGGAUCAGCAACUGCAGAAACUUGUUGGGAAACCUGACAAAACAGAAGAUGACACCGACCGAGAGGCCCAGCUGUUAGAGAUGAGGUUGACCCUUACAGAAGAAAGGAACGCUGUGAUGGUGCCUUCUGCUGGCAGUGGGAUCCCUGGAGCACCUGCAGAGUGGACACCUGUGCCUGGCAUGGAGACACACAUUCCAGUCAUUUUUCUUGAUUUAAAUGCGGAUGACUUUAGCUCUCAGGAUAACCUUGAUGAGCCUGAAGCUGGUGGCUGGGAUGCCACCCUGGUUGGUGAAGAUGAAGACGAGUUCUUUGAACUUCAGAUUGUAAAGCACCACGACACUGAGGUGAAAUCUGAAGCUUCUUGGGACUCCACAGUUCAUAACUGCCCCCAGCUCAGCAGAGGAACAGCAGCAGAGCAAAGGGUUUUCCUGAUAGUGCGAGUGACGGUGCAGCUCAGCCACCCCGCAGAGAUGCAGAUCGUCCUUCGUAAGCGAAUAUGUGUCAAUGUCUACGGCAAGCAGGGGUUUGCUCAGAGUUUACUGAGAAGAAUGUCCUACCGAAGUUCUGUUCCUGGCUGUGGAGUCACCUUCGAAGUAGUUUCAAAUAUCCCAGAGGAUGCUCAGGGAGCAGAGGAACGUGAAGCACUAGCAAGAAUGGCAGCCAAUGUUGAAAAUGCAGCUUCCGCUGACUCAGAAGCCCAUAUAGAGAAAUACCUCCGGAGUGUGCUGGCUGUCGAGAAUAUUCUUACUCUGGACCGACUGCGCCAGGAGGUUGCCGUCAAGGAACAGCUAACGGGCAAAGGGAAGCUGUCCAGAAAGAGCCUCAGUUCCCCAAAUGUCAAUCGACUCUCCGCAAGUCGCCAAGAUCUAAGUCCACCAUAUAGCCUUGCUACUUACAAAAGUCGUUGGGAAAGUCAGCAAGACAUAUCACAGUCUUCAACACAAUCCAAUAACUCCCGGAUGAGUCUGUCAGGCUCUGCUCAGCAGAAUGGAUCCAAUGACCCAGGACUCAGCAGCCUGGCUGCUUCAUACUUGAAUCCUGUGAAGUCCUUCGUGCCUCAGAUGCCAAAACUGCUUAAAUCUCUAUUUCCUGUUAGGGACGAGAAAAAGGGCAGGCAACCAUCUCCCCUUGCACAGCAGUCUGUCCCACGAAUUAUGGUUCAGUCUGCCAGUAUCGAUGCCAGUGCUGUAAAAAUGAAACAGGUUAUGCAUGAGGAAGGAAGCAAAGAGCCAUUUGAGGUAGCUCUGCAUUCUACCGAGUUGGGGAAAAAUUCUGAAAAGUCACCUAAAGUGCCUUCACAUCAAUCCUCAGGAGACGUUCCAACACAGGACUCCCAAGAAGGGCCCCCGAGCCCCUUGAGCGAAGCAUCCAGUGGCUACUUCUCUCACAGCGUUUCCACAGCAACCCUUUCUGAAGCCCUUGCACCAGGAAAUGACUCCCCCCUUCAAGCCAGCAACCAGACACCAGCAGCAAGUGAUGGGGCCCAGCCUGCAAUGGCCAUCCAGAUGGUACCUGCUGCUGAAGGUCCUGUAAAAUCGUGUUCUGUGAUUGGUUCUGAGGUUUCCCCUUCUCUUCUGAGAGGCGAUGUGGUGGCCCCUGGCCUUAAAACUGACCAUACAAGAACUAAAGACAACAGCAAAGUUAAUGGCGAGGGCAACAUAACAUCAAAGUCUGUUGUCUCUUCUGUAGCUGUAGGUGAUGACCAAACUAAUGCCUUUGUAGCUGCUAAUGCUAAAGGCUACCCUUCUACCUCCUCCUCAAAGAAAGAGUUGCAGUUGGCGCAGCCACAUGUAACUUCACUAACAUGGGACCCUCCUUCUGUUGUGGGGCAUGGCAGUCCAGCAUCCGUUUCUGAAACAGGACCUUCGAAAUCUCAGGUUCUUCCCAACCUUUCACCUCAGUCCAGCAGCGCAGCCUCUCCAUUCAAAAUCCAAAGAGUAAGGACAUCGGAACUUAAGUCCUUCUCCAACAUGUUGGGAGGAGAACAAGGAGGAUUCUCGAGCUCUGAGGAAGAGAAAGUAAGAGAAAGAAGCAAACAGGAGUCUGGCCAGAACAACGGAGCAGAAGCUGCUUCUGAGGAAAAACUGGAAGUAGCAUCUGACUCAGAAGAAGCCAAUGAGAUACCAGACUGGCUGAAGGAGGGUGAAUACGUGACUGUUGGUACAAAUAAGACUGGAAUAGUGCGAUAUGUUGGCCCAACAAACUUCCAAGAGGGAACAUGGAUUGGUGUAGAGUUGGAUUUGCCGUUGGGUAAGAAUGACGGUUCAAUUGGGGGACGGCAAUACUUCAAGUGCAAUGCAGGCUAUGGCCUCCUUGUGAAACCAAGUAGGGUAAAAAGAGCCACGGGCCCUGCAAGACGUCGAAGUGCCGGGCUGAAACUGCAAGGUGGAGUCACGGCUGAGAACCGGAAGAGUGGCAGUUUCUCUGGGUCAGCCUCCAACUUGGCUUCUCUGACUGCCUUGGCCAAAACUGAAGGAGGAUCUACUUUACGGCUGGAAAAGACCCAGAAGAAUACAGAAAACAGGAAGUCAUGGGCGACCUGAAAGUGGCCUGCUUGGCAUCACACUACCUUGUUGAAACUGACACUUGGGAAUGGCCUUACUUGCACAACUAAGCCA